AGCACACAUCUCUGAUUAAAACCCUAACUCUAUAAAAGUUAUCUUCAGCUUCCUCUCAGCUCCCCCCAUCCCUCUGCCAUUCAUUUUUUUCAGAAUUAUCAUUUCCGACUUCCCCAUCUCUCUCUCUCAACGCACGCACGCAUAGAAGUAGUACUUUUUAAGGGGAAGAGUUAGUAGUUUGGGAGAGAUUCAAUGGAUGUUGACAUGACGAAAUCUUCAACAGAAGAUCACAUGGAUAUGAUGACAAUGAUGAUGCAAAUGGAAAAGCUUCCAGAAUUCUGUGAGCCUGCUUUCCAGAGGUCUUCUACAUUACCUGAAAUUCACUUCUCCAAUGGGACUUCAAGCACCAGCAUCCUACCCACAUCACCCAUUAACCCAAACCCAAAUGUUUCUUCACUUAAUACAUUGAUGACCCUGCCUUCCACUUUAUCUUACAUUGGCAAUAACCCAGUUCAAGAACCCUUGACUCCACCUCUCCAACCCAACAAUAUGGCCACUCGCAACAAGUUCAAAUAUCCAACUCCUUUCAAUAAUGCCAAUUCAUAUCCUUCUUCUGUAGAUAAGAAAAACUCCAUGGCAGCGAUGAGAGAGAUGAUUUUCCGCAUAGCAUCAAUGCAGCCUGUUCAUAUAGACCCGGAAUCCAUUAAGCCUCCAAAAAGAAGGAAUGUGAAGAUCUCUAAAGAUCCACAGAGCGUGGUCGCCAGGCAUAGAAGAGAACGAAUAAGUGAGCGGAUAAGGAUUCUGCAGAGACUUGUUCCAGGAGGCACCAAAAUGGAUACAGCUUCAAUGUUAGAUGAGGCUAUUCAUUAUGUCAAAUUCUUGAAGAGACAGGUGCAAUCUUUGGAACAAGCUGCUGUUAACAGGCCAAUGGGUACAGUUGGGUUUCCAAGUGCAACAAUUGCUAAUGUGGGCUACACCUCUUUGGAGAAAGCUUGCCAGCCAACUUAUCAGCAUCAUCAAGUUGUGGGCAAUAUUCAGAUGCUUAGAUAA